CCGGUCGUGCUGCAGUCCUGCGAGUGUGAGGAAGUGAGACGGCAAGGCGGGGUGUUGCGGGGUCGCUGGUCGCCGGUCGCCGACCCUUUAUCUCGGCUUUUUAGGGGUGUCACCCAAAGGCUUCAAAUUAGGGUUCCGCGGCCCCUCGGGUCCUGCGGGGGGCGAGACCCUCCGGUUUAUCUCUGCCGCAGACCCACGGCCACCGGGGGUUUCGUCCAUUUCGCACCCGAGGCCGCAGCCGCCCAGCACUGGCUUCGGGACCAGCUCCACGGAGCUUGGACCGGACGGGCUGCCGCGGAGACCGCUGGUACCGAGGUAAGGCAGCUGCCGUGGCCGGCCAGGGGCUGUGUGCUCGGAUCGCCGCCCACCCAGUCGGGUGGCGGCCAGCAGAGGGCGCUGCCAGGGCAUGGCGGAGGAGCGUCCCGGGUCCUGGUUCGGCUUCGGUUUCUGCGGCUUCGGCCAGGCGCUGGGUUCGGGCCACGGGCGCCAGGUCCACAGCCCUGAGCCGCUGUGCGCGCCGGACCCGAACGCCGACAUUUGCCGCGUGAGCGCGAGCUGGAGCUACACCCGAGCCGACUGGGGCUCCUCGCUCAGGCAUGGACAGCUGGGCCACGGGACCCUGGAGGCAGAGCCGGAGCCGAGGCUGUUGGAGGCGCUGCAGGGCCUGCCCAUGGCUGGGGUGGCGGCAGGUGGCUGGCACUCCGUGUGUGUGAGCGAGACUGGGGACAUUUAUAUCUGGGGCUGGAAUGAAUCAGGGCAGCUGGCCCUGCCUACCAGAAGCCUGGUGGAGGACAAAAAGGCCGUAGCAGGGCAAGCCAUCAGACUGAACAAAGAUGGUUCUGAAGAGAACAGAAUUGUUGAAGCUGAGGAUGGAGCCCCCGCCGCCUUCAUAUCUGUCCAGCCCUUCCCAGCUCUACUGGAUCUCCCCCUGGGCUCAGAUGCAGUCAAGGCCAGCUGUGGAUCCCGGCACACAGCAGUAGUGACAAGAACUGGGGAACUCUACACCUGGGGCUGGGGUAAAUACGGACAGCUCGGCCACAAGGACACAACCAGCUGGGAUCGGCCCUGCCGUGUGGAAUACUUUGUAGAUAAGCAGCUCCAAGUAAUGGCUGUGAGCUGUGGGCCCUGGAACACCUACGUGUAUGCUGUGGAGAAAGAGAAGAGCCGACAUGUAGAUGAGGGCAUGAAAUGUGCAUACAGUACAAUAAAAAAUUAGACAGCGAA